AUGGACGUCAACGUUGUUCAACCAGGCAACUCCAGAAUUUCUCGUGAAAGAAGGAAGAUCCAAUACAAUUCGAUAAUGCUUUUGAUAUUAUUUGUUAUACCUAUCCCACUAGCAUUCAUUAUUGUAGAUCCUGCUUACAUUUUAGUGGGUUUAUAUUGGGCUAUUUAUUCCAUUCCAUAUGUGCUAAUAGGAAUUUAUGGGCUUGCAGUGUCAAAAACUGACAAAAGUUCUUUAUUGAGUGCUUACUCUGUGCUUCUUGUCAUCUUUAUAGGUUACUGCAUAUUCAAUUUGGUGUUUGACAUUCUUCUUUUUAUUUCGUUCUUUUUCCUGAUUGGCUUUGCAGGAGUUAGCAUAUUUUUCUGUAUUAUGGUGGUCUAUUAUAUAUAUUCAAUAUUGUAUGCAAGAAAAUCUGUGUUCGAUUCGAGAAGAUUAAAGGAAUCCUUAGAUAUUGGAUUUCCAAUUCAAGACCCAAUAAUUGUAGGAGAUUAUUCAAUGCAGCAGCAAUAUGUACAAGCACAACCUAAUUAUGGACAAGGAUAUCAACAGCCUUAUCCUGGGUAUUGAAAUCAACAAUAUAAUUCGGGAUAUAAUAAUCCUCAGUUCAAUCAAGGAUAUGGUAAUCCUCAAUAUAACCCGGGAGCUAAUAACCCAGCUUAUAGAAAUCCUGGAAAUGCCCCUGGGUUUGUUAAUCCAGCCCCUAUUAGCUCUGGAUUAAAUUAUAUAGCCCGUUCCCAGCUAUAGAUCGGGCUAUGCCCAAUCUUUGCCGGUCACUCAAGGAGUUGUCUGCGUCAAUUUUGGGUGAUGAGUCAACUCCUCGGGUUCGCAAAUAGCCACCAUAUAGUGAUUUGCCAACUCGGGGUUGACUCGUCACCUCGAAGUGAUGCAGACAACCCCCCGAGUUUCCCGGCAAAGAUCGGGCAUAGCCCGAUCUAUAGCCGGGAACGGGCUAUACAGGAAAUAAUCCUAAUAAUAGUCCUGGAUCAAAUUUUACUGGAAAUAAUUCUGCUAACAACCCUGAAGUAAGCAGCACUGGAAAUAAUCCGGCUAAUAGUCCUGGAUUAGCAAGCUCUGGAAGUAACCCUUCUAACAUUUAA